AUGACUGAGCCUCAAAGUGCUAAACGCGCGCGAUCCAACACGCUUGGUGAAGCCCACAUCAAUGCGACUCGAAAUCAAGUCGGAAUACCACAAAUCUCAGCAGAGGAAGUCUCUUCGCGUGUCCACUACCUCGAUGACAUCGAUCCGCAGGCUAGCAUUGACAUCUUCAUCCGAGCAGCGCAAACCCAUCCCGAUGUCCUGAGAAUGAUCAAUUGUGCUAUUUGGGACAUCCAAGAGGAGGAGCGCAAUACCGUGCUCAGCUUCGACGAUCAUUCCAGGUCUAUCUGGAGAUUGAUCAAUAUCACACAUGGCCCCAGGCGCAGUGGGCAUCAUUAUUGGGGUGUAACUCAAGAAGUUGUCACGGAAAUCGUCGAGACCAUCGAAUCAAUUGCAGAUCAAUGUGGGCCAUGCGCCAGCCCUCAGACGCGCGUCAACGGACUUUCCGUGCUACGCAAGAUUGGCAAGACAAUCGCACUAUCUGCAACCCAUGAAGUGGGCCGUGACAUACAAGAGCACUUCCAAUCUGACUCCUCUCUUGUAGAGACAAUGACAGAGAUCAUCAAUUCCAUGACCCCAGAUGAAAUCAGAGCAAUCAGAGAGAAUGAUCAGAGACCGGAAGCGUUAUGGCCGAAAUUGCUGGAGUUGGAAGAAUUGUCCAAUGAGCAUUGCAUUCAUCCUGGGCUAGAAGACGUGUUGAAUGUCAUUGAUCCCAAUCGCGGUUCCGAAGAUGAAGAUGAAGAGGAUGAAGAGGAGCAGGAGGAAGAGGAGGAGGAGGAGGAGAAGACUAAAGAGCUCUCCACCGAGUACAUAGUCCAGAAAGAUUCACCCUUUGAGCACUUAGAACUCUAG